CUACAUCAAGAAUAAAUUUUAAUAAAUAAAAAAAAAAUUCAAAAUGGAUAAUAUUGGACGUCGUCAAUGCAUUCCAAUAAUAUAUACACGUGGAACACAUUAUGAAGUUGGAUUCGAUGUGGGACGGAAUUUUGCUGCUAUAAUUAAAGAAUUUUUGGAAACGUCACGACCAUUAAAUGACGAAUAUAUCCCAUUAUAUGAAACAAAAGAAGGUCGUAAAGUUUACGAUGAAACUUUAGAAUGUGUGAAGAAAAAUUUCCCACAAUAUAUACGAGAAUUAGAAGGAACAGCAGAAGGAGCUCAAGUUCCUUUUUAUAAACUAUUCUUAUUGCACAUGGAUGAUAUAACAACACGCACGGUACAAAAUCGAUCUGGAAAUAUUCAUCCAAGUGGCUGUUCCACAAUAUGUGUUAACCAACCUGGAGAGGAAAUAUUAGGACAUACCGAAGAUGCACUUGCUGAAGUUUUAAAUCAUUUCUAUUUUGUUUCGGCACACAUCAUUUCUGAUAAACCAGAAGGACGUUGGAAAGUUAAAGAGGAAAAAUUCACAUCCUUAUGUUAUGCAGGACAUUUACCUGGCUAUACAAUGAAUUAUAAUCAUCAUGGCCUUGUUUUUAGUAUAAAUACUUUAAGUGCACAUCGUUUAAAUUCUGGUAAAACACCACGUCAUUUUAUCACACGAGCAUUAUUAUCAGCUGAAAAUUUUCUACAAGCUCAGCAAAUUUUACGAGAUGAUGGAUGCGGAGCUGGAGAUGGUUGCUCAAUAAAUAUGACCUUUUUAAAACAGGAAGGUGACCGUCUAUUUCAUAAUGCGGAAAUGGGCCCGGCCCUACCAGAUACGAAUCAAUCACAAUUGAAUAUUUUAACUGCAAGUCCUGGUGAAAAUAUUUUCCAUUGUAACAAAUAUCUACGUUUAACAAUAAAAGAAGCUGAAGGAAUGAUAAUUGAAAGUAGCGAUGCUCGAAUGGAGACAUUCAAUAAAUGUUGUAAACCCACAACUAAACAGGAUGUUGUUAAAAUGUUAUCAGAUCAUACAAAUUAUAUUCAUCCUGUGUUUAGAGAUUGUGGUCCAAAUGAUUUUGUUAAAACUAUUGCCGUUGGUAUAUUUGAUUGUAUAAAACGUACUUGGAGUAUUUAUGCUGACAAUCCACAAAAUACAGAACCAUUAGUCGUUUUACCAAUUAUAUUAAAGGAUAAUUAAUUAAUUUAUUAAAUUGAUUUUUAAUUUUAAAUAAAAUUGUAUGUUUCAUCAUUUAGGUACCUACCGUCUGACCUAAAAAAUAUAUAAUAAAUGUACUAUUUUCACAUA